AUGUCGGCCAUCUUCAAACGCUUCCCCUCCUACCGCAACGGCAAGGUCACCCUCCACGACAUCGAGGAGAACCUCAAGACCUUAUGUCCUGAGGUCCAGCAUCUCGAGAACCUCAAGGCGUCGGUGGGGCUUGCGAGAAGGGAGUCGGACUUCGACCAAAUAGAUAUCGAGACUUUCAAGAGGGUGUUUGGUUUCCAUUUCAGCUCAGACGACGAGGACACCAAGAAGAGGUACCAGUCCAGGCUUGAUGAUAUGCUGGACAGGUUUUAG